GUCAGGACCGCCGUGUCGAGAGGCUGUAGCGUUACGUUCGCGUCACGUCCGUGUCACGUCCAUCCCUGUGACGCUCGCGUCACGUCGCGGUGCUCGCCCCGAAACGUCAGCAGCACGAUGGCAGUGAGCGUGUGACUUAGUUCAGCAGCGAAGAAGGACAGUGAGUGUGAUUUGAGAAGAUUUCCAAGACAAAGUGUCGUGUGGCGCAUCGUCGUGCGACGUAGAGUGGGGACAGCAGUGAGCCGUGCCGUGGCUGUGUGAGUGUGAGUGUCAACGUGAAAAGUGGCCAAGACGCGGUCGAGCGAACCGUGGUCGCACCAGCCAGCGCAGUUUUUCGGAGACGAGAGUGGUCGUCCACGUCCAGUCGUCCUCGGGAGUCCUGACCUUGCCGGACAGCUCUCCUGCGGGCUCUUUCUCCCGCCCCACCGCUGCCGGCCACCCCGCCCCGCCGCGCCCAGUCGAGACAGCCCAGCCCAGCCCGGCAUCAGGCUGCAUGUGGACCAGAAAUUAGAUUUCCAAUAACAACAUGAAAAGACCCCAGUUAACAUUACAAUGGCUUGCUUUUGUAGUGUUACUGGCUUCUGUGGCAAAGAGUGCGCUGACGGAGAAAUUUGUGUGUCCUAGCAAUUGCUCUUGCUCUCCAGAAGGACAUGAAGAAUAUGAACUGUCUUGCCCGGGAGAGGGAGAACAACAAAUUACCAUUCAGCUUAAGUCCCACAGCAAGGCCAUCAUACAAUGUCAAGUGAAUACUGAUUCUGAUGACUACAGCCUACUUAAAAAUGUUUAUAUUGAUGCUGGCGCUUUACUGGACUUUAGGCUUUGUCCACUUCCAGAUGUACCCUUCACAGAUCUUCUGCAGCUCCGCUAUCCUGCGAAAAUCCAGACAUUUACCUUCAAGUCAUAUCGCAGUUUUAAUGAUACUUUAGAAAGAAGGCUAUUUAAAGGCCUGACAGGAAUAACGUCACUAACUUUGGCAAACAAUGGUUUGACAACUCUCCCGAAUGAUCUUCUUAUGGAUAUGCCACAUCUGCAGCAGCUGUACUUGUUAAACAAUCUUGUUCAGCCUCCAAGUGACUUAUUCCAACCAGUUCUUAGUUUAGAGACCUUAGACCUGGGAAAGAAUGAACUGAUGACUAUUCCUGUAGAUUUGUUUCGAAAUCUGAAGAAACUAAAUUUGCUCAAUUUAUGGAAGAACAAGCUAUCAAACUUAUCACCUGAGAUGUUUCGAGAUCUCACUAGUCUGACAGCACUUGACCUUCGCCAUAAUGGGUUGACUUCACUGCCAGCUGAUAUUUUUACUUAUUUGACAAGCUUGAAGAAUCUUAGUCUGAAGGGAAAUAAUUUUAAAACAUUGCCGGUUGGACUAUUUAGUACCAACAAAAAUCUAGCUACGGUCCAGCUUUCUGACAGCCGAGAGCCAAACUUCCAGCUUCCCAGUGGAUUAUUUUCAAACCUACCCAACUUAAAAACAGUUGAUCUAAACAAUGAUGGCUUGAAAGAAAUUCCAGAGGAUAUCUUUUGGGGUUCAACAAGCUUGCAUAACAUAAAUCUGCAAAAUAACCAACUAAAGGAAAUUCCACCACAACUGUUCCAAAAUGCAGUUGAAUUGGAAAGGCUUGACUUAGGCUCAAAUCAGAUUUAUUCAUUGACCGACAGCAUUUUUGGUCAAUGUAAAAAGUUAAAAUUCCUUGAUCUAUCAUUCAACAGAGUAAUGAACCUCACAUCAAAUGCAUUUACUGGCUUAGACAAUUUGGAGGAGUUAAAUAUGCAGAACAAUGGUCUUCGUCACGUGGAUAUCAACGCAUUUUCAUCAACAUGCAACCUAAAAAUUUUGAACUGGGCAAACAACAAAUUAUCAUUUCUGGAUAAUGAGGGAUACACCGAGGGAGGUCCUCGUACACACAGUGAAUUUGGAGAUACUUCCCCUUUGAAGAAUUGUGUGCACCUCACAAAAAUUGAUUUGUUUAAUAAUUCUAUUCCCUCCAUCUUUGCUGAUUGGAGGCUGAAUAUGCAUCAUUUAAGUGUACUGAACUUGAGUCACAAUGCACUUCAGGCACUGCAUCUCUAUACUGAUGCUUUUGUACCUCCUCAUAAUCGUGAAAUUGAUUUACGCAACAACAAAAUUUCAGUAAUUGAUUUAAAUGGGGCUGAAGCAUGGGCUUUAAUUCAACAAAAGGAUCCCAACAGCAAAAGAUCAAGGUGGCUUUUGGAUGGAAAUCCUCUAUCAUGUAAUUGUUCAAACUAUGACUUCCUGAGGUACCUUGAAAAGCAGAUAGCUCCUGAGGUGCUGGAUAUUGUAGAUUUUGAGCCAGGAAAUUUGGCGUGUGCAACUCCAGAAAAUUGGAAAGAUGAGCCAGUGGUGAAAGUGGCCUCAAGAGCUGUAACCUGUCCUAUAACUUCACUCAAUGAGACACUGACAUGCCCAUAUCCCUGUGAAUGUGAAUUCCGAGCUGCUGAUGCUGCUAUUAUUGUUGAUUGCAUAGGCAAAAACUUGACCGUAGCACCUGCUGAAUUACCAACACAUUCCCAGUCAAAUCAUACUGAACUUUAUCUUACUCACAAUCGACUGAAUGCACUCCCUGAUUUCUCUUUUCCUGGCUAUCAAAUGAUUUCAAAAUUGGCUCUAGGACACAACAAUAUAACAAGGCUGAAUAAUAUAACACUGAUGCCUCAGAUUAUGCAAAUGAUUGAACUGAACCACAACAACCUGACAGUUGUAGAAUUGCAGACAAUGCAAUUAUUUUCUAAUUUAACAAAUCUCACAAACAUUGCCUUACAUGAUAAUCCAUGGAAAUGUGAUUGCCAGCUUCAGCCGCUUGUAAGCUUUGUGCAAACUCACUAUACACAGAUAUCAAGCCCGAAAGAAAUCAAAUGUACUGAUGGUCAGCUCUUGUCAGAACUCACUGCUUCUGGGUUAUGCUCGCAAGCUAGUAGUGUAGUGUGGGCAUCGCUUGUCAUCGCUCUUCUGCUGGGAGGGCUGAUUGGAGGAGCAUUUGCUGUUUACUACAGAUUCAACCAUGAAAUUAAGGCAUGGCUCUUUGCUCACAAUUUGUGCCUUUGGUUUGUCACCGAAGAGGAGCUUGAUAAGGACAAAUUAUAUGAUGCCUUUGUUUCAUACUCUCACAAAGAUGAGGAAUUUGUUGUGAAUGAACUCGUACCUGGUUUAGAAGGAGGACCAAUGCCUUUCAAACUUUGUCUUCACUAUCGGGACUGGGUAGCUGGAGAAUGGAUUCCUAAUCAAAUCACUAGAUCAGUUGAAGACUCAAAACGCACCCUAGUUGUUCUCUCGCCAAACUUUUUGGAAAGUGUUUGGGGAAGGAUGGAGUUCAGAGCUGCUCACUGUCAAGCACUUAGUGAAGGAAGGGCUCGUGUUAUUGUAGUGCUCCUGGGAGAUAUUGGACCAACUGAAAAUUUAGACCCGGAACUACGUGCCUAUCUUAAUAUGAACACCUAUGUUAAAUGGGGUGAUCCCUGGUUCUGGAAAAAGCUUCGUUACGCUCUUCCUCAUCCACCUAAAGCUAUGAAAGGUAGCAUGGGUCUAGUCAAUCGCAAUGCAAAGCACAUGAAUGGAAAGCCAACCGAUGACAAAAUUGAACUUAUUUGUGAGCCCAACGGCAUGCCACCUGUAACUACUCCACCUGCUGAGGCUAAUGUGACUGAUCCCCUUUCAAUUAAGAAUGCCUUAAAUGAAGUAAUCUCUGCUCCUAGGAAAGUUCCUAUUCCUUCUCAUGGAACAAAUGGAACCGCAGCAGCUGUUGGCUAAAAUACUAUGGUGUGUAGAUUAAUAUUCGUGAUAAUCUGUGCCAUAGUGCAUGUCCGUACAAUUUACUGUCUCAAAUUACGAUCUCAGUUUCAUUGAGAAUACAUUUUGUGUCUCAUUGUUAAGUACCUGAACUAUAAGUAGAUAUGCCCAGUGUUUUACUGCUUGUCAAGCCAGUGAUCAGACAUAGCUUCCUUAGGAUCAAGGAAUUAAAUACUGAUAUAUGCUAGAAUGUAAUUUUUAAAGACUGAUGUGCUGUCAUCAACGAUAACGCUCAAAAGACUUAAAUGUUUGAACUAGCAUGGUAUAAGUUAACAAAGAGUUUGUGACACAUAUGGUAAAUAUUUUUAUGUGUGUUUGACUUUGUGAUGUGUGAAUGUCAUGUAUAUAGUUAGUGUCUGUAUAAAUGUGAUAUUGUAGAGUGAAUGACAUAAGACUGUUUGCAGUUGCUCAUAGUUAGUAAUGAAGGUAUUAUUAGAUGAAGACAUCAUAUUAUGUGUGUGUGUUUGUGUGUAAGUAUUCAGUUAAGCCUAGAUUUAUUUCAAUAAUAUAAAAAAAAUUGGUAAUUUCUUAUACCGUGUGAAACUUGUCAUCUAGUAUGAUUAAUUAAAUUUAGUGGAAACAA